AUGGCCCCCCUAGGCCAGGCCGGGCCGGCCCCGCGCGCCGCUCUCAGGCCAGCCCUGCCGGACACGCGUCUCCGCCCGUUCACACGAGGCGCGCAGGGGGAGGGGGUCCCGCCAGCCAGCCAGCAGCUCCGCCCCUCGACCGAGGCGGGGCCGAACUUCCCCGCUACUCGCCGGCCGCUUCCGCCCGCCGCCGGAAGGCCCGGGGCCGCCGCCGCCGUUGCCGCCAUGGGCGAGUUCGAGGUGCACCGCGUGCGGCUCUUCGCCUUCCUGCCGUCCGGGGUCCGCUGCGUGUCCGCCCGCUCCUCCAGCCGCCUGGCCGCCGCCCACCUCGACGGCUCCGUCGAGAUCUACGACCUGCAGGCCAACAGCUUCCAGGAGAAGGUUAUUGCAGGCCAUGAGACAAGGAUCCCGGAGGCUAUCUGCUGGGCUGGAGGAGAUCGGCUUUUCGGUGCAGGCCUCAGCGGAGACAUCAUCGAAUAUGACUUGGAGAAGCUGUGCGUCAAAUAUACUUUAGAUGCCUUUGGAGGCCCCAUCUGGAGCAUGGUGGCUGAUCCGACUGGGGCUCAGUUAGCGGUUGGAUGUGAGGAUGGAUCCAUUAAGCUCUUCGAUGUCUUACCUGAAAGAAUCCAGUUUGAGAGGAGCUUGGACCGGCAGAAAGGCCGCAUCCUGUCCCUCUUCUGGCACUCAUCUGGGGCCAGGAUUGCUGCUGGCUCCAUCGACCUCAUCCGUGUCUUUGAUGUCAAAUCAGGCCAUGCAGUCCAGCGGCUUAUUGUGGACAGACGCCUGAAAGGCUCCCACACCCGGGAAUGCGUGGUGUGGAGUGUGGCCUUCCUUUCGGAUGGCACCAUUGUCAGUGCGGAUUCUUCCGGGAAGGUGCAGUUCUGGGAUUCGGAGAUGGGGACGCUGCUCCAGACGUCUGUUGUCAGCAACUCGGCCGUGCUGUCCUUGGCGGUGUCUGAGGCAGAAGACAGCAUCGUCGUUGGCACGUCAGAGGGGGCCGUGUACCAGUUCCAGCUGCUUCCGGUGAAGGCGGGCAGUGCCGUGCACCAGUGGGUGCGGACAAAGCCGUUCCAGCACCACACGCAUGACGUGAGGGCCGUGGCGCACACGGCCACAGCGCUCAUCUCUGGAGGGCUGGAUGGGCAGCUGGUGAUCCGGCCGCUCAUGGAGAAGGUGGAGUCCCGGAGCUACGAAGCCGCUGUUCGGAAAGUCACCUUCCCCCAUAGGCGCCUCGUCUCUUGUGCCAGGGAAGCCCGUCUCCUCCUUUUCCAGUACCCACAACAUCUGGAGCUGUGGAGGCUUGGGGCCACCAGUGCCACGGGAAGAGACGGGGAAGUCUUGCCUGUGUCCAGCCCCCCCGAGCACCUGCUGCAGCUCAAAAGUAAGGGCCCCGAACACAUCCGCAGCAGCUGCGUCUCGCCCUGUGGCACCUGGAUCGCCUACUCCACAGCUUCCCGGUUGUGUCUGUACCGCUCCCAGCUGGCUGGCGAGCACCUUGCUCUCCAGAGGGUGCCCAAGGUGCCAAAGGUGGCUUGCGGAGCACACCAGCUCCUGUUCUCUGUGGACUCUACCCGGCUGUUCGUGGCGUCAGAUCGGGGCUCUGUGCAUGUUCUCAGGCUCUUGCAGUCCGGGGCCUGCAAGCACCUACACACCCUCCAGCCCAGCUCAGAAUCCACACAAGCGGCUCUCUUGCUGGCGGUGAGUGCCGAUGGCAGCUGGUUGGCUGUCGCUAGUGGAGGCGGGCAAGUCAACAUCUACAAUCUGCAAAAGGCCAAGCCUCACUGUGUCGUGCCUGCGCACAACUGCCCGGUGACUGCCCUGGCCAUUCACCCGGUGACCAACCACCUCGUCGUUGCCCAUUCGGACCAGCAGGUAUUGGAAUUCAGCAUCCCAGACAAGGCGUACACGCCCUGGAGCCGCAAGGUGCAGCAGCAGGGGCUCCACCGGGACUGGCUGGAGCGGGACACGCCCAUCACUCACAUUGCCUUCCUGCCCAAGCGGGCCGAUCAGAUCCUGCUGCACGACACGCACAUGUUCUGCCUCCUGGACAAGUCCCUGCCGCUACCGGAGGACUCGGCUGUUUUGUGCAACCAGCCGUCGCUGAAGCAGCUGUCAAAGAUGGCCCAGCGCAGCUACGCCCAUGCCUUCAAGAUCUGCAAGAAGUAUCAGCCUCUGCUGUUUGUGGAUCUGCUGGACGAGAAAUCCUUGGUGGUGGUGGAGCGGCCUGUGAUGGACCUCAAGGCACAGCUGCCCCCACCCGUCUACCAGAAGAAGUUCGGCACGUAA